AUGCCCUGCGCGGGGGAGGACCGCAGCAUCUACAGGCGAGGCGCUCGACGGUGGCGGAAGCUCUACCGAGUUAAUGGACACAUAUUUCAAGCAAAACGCUUUAAUAGACGCGCCUUUUGUGCCUUUUGUCAAGAUCGUAUCUGGGGUUUGGGCCGGCAAGGUUUUAAAUGUAUCCAGUGUAAGUUACUAGUGCAUAAGAAAUGCCACAAGCUGGUGCAAAAGCCUUGUUCCAAUGAACACGUUGAUCCUAUCGAAGUUAAGGAUGACGCGAAUGGAGAGAGCACUCUCGGCAGGGCCUCUUCUGUUCGGUCUCGCGCGGAUCCCGAGCCCCCGUUGCCGGAGACUCCGCCCGCGCCUCCUGUAGUGCCUGUGCGCAAUGAAGACUUGGAGCCUGGCUCGCAACGCCAGUACUCCCUGGAGGAUUUCGAGCUCAUCAGGGUGAUUGGACGUGGUUCGUACGCUAAGGUUCUAAUGGUCGAACUGAAGAGAACGAAACGCGUAUACGCAAUGAAGGUGAUCAAAAAGGCGCUAGUAACAGACGAUGAAGACAUCGACUGGGUCCAAACAGAGAAGCACGUGUUCGAGACCGCAUCCAACCACCCGUUCCUAGUGGGGCUGCACUCGUGCUUCCAGACCCCCAGUCGGCUGUUCUUCGUCAUCGAGUUUGUGAGGGGUGGUGAUCUAAUGUUCCACAUGCAGCGGCAACGCCGCCUGCCCGAGGAGCACGCGCGCUUCUACGCGGCGGAGAUCUCGCUGGCGCUGCACUUCCUGCACGAGCGCGGCGUCAUCUACCGCGACCUCAAGCUGGACAACGUGCUGCUCGACCACGAGGGGCACAUCAAGCUCACCGACUACGGCAUGUGCAAGGAGGGCGUCCGUCCCGGCGACACGACGUCGACCUUCUGCGGCACGCCCAACUACAUAGCGCCGGAGAUCCUGCGCGGCGAGGAGUACGGCUUCUCCGUGGACUGGUGGGCGCUGGGCGUGCUCACCUACGAGAUGCUGGCGGGCCGCUCGCCCUUCGACAUCGCGCACGCCGCCGACAACCCCGACCAGAACACCGAGGAUUACCUCUUCCAGGUGAUUCUAGAAAAAACAAUCAGAAUCCCGCGCUCGUUGUCAGUGAAGGCGGCGUCAGUGCUGAAGGGCUUCCUCAACAAGAGCCCCUCGGAGCGUCUCGGCUGCGGCGAGGCGGGCUUCCUCGACAUCAUCAACCACCCGUUCUUCAAGACGAUCGAGUGGGAGAUGCUGGAGCAGAAGCAGGUGGUGCCGCCGUUCAAGCCGCGGCUGGAGGGCGAGCGCGACCUCGCCAACUUCCCGCCGGAGUUCACCGACGAGCCCGUGCACCUCACGCCUGAUAACGAUACGGUGAUCGCGGACAUCGACCAGUCGGAGUUCGAGGGCUUCGAGUACGUGAACCCGCUGCUGAUGUCGCUGGAGGACUGCGUG